AUCGCUUUGGUAUUCCAAAUUGAAACAUAUCAAAACUCUAUAAACACAUAUCACAGAAAUAUAUUAAGUAAUUUUUAUAGUUUUCAAAAAUGAGCGGCUGGAAGCAGUACUUGGCUGGCAUUACAGCCGCUUUGGGUGCGUUCUGCUUGGGCUGCUGCAUCGGAUGGUCGGGACCUGUUGAGAAGGAAGUUAGAAUGGGGGCCGCAUACAAGUUCGCACCCAGCUCCAUGGAAUGGGGAUGGAUAUCCUCGCUGAUGACAUUGGGUGGUGCCGCCUCGUGCAUCCCUGUUGGCAUUCUAAUUGGCAUCUUUGGACGUAAGAUAACGAUGCUGGGACUGGCGCCCCCCUUCAUGGUUGGCUGGCUGCUGAUCAUCUUUGCCCAGAAGCCUUAUAUGCUAAUGAUUGGGCGCUUCAUUGUGGGAGCCUGUGGGGGAGCCUUCUGCAUCACGGCUCCCAUGUACAACACGGAGAUCGCCGAGCUGAGCAAGCGCGGCGUCAUGGGCUGCUUCUUCCAGCUGCUGAUCGUUCACGGCAUCCUAUACGCCUUCAUCGUGGGCGCCUUCGCCAAAGUUAAGUUGAUGAACAUACUCUGCGCCAUCUGGCCGAUCGUUUUCUUUGUGCUCUUCAUUUGGAUGCCAGAGUCGCCCGUCUAUUUGGCUCAAAAGGGCAAGAACGAGAAAGCGGGGAAGGCGCUGAAGUUUCUGCGGGGCAAGGAUGCCGAUGUCACUGCAGAAACCAAUCAAAUGGCCAGCGAAGGCCAAAAGGAGAAGGUCAAGCCGAUGCAGGCGCUCUGUCGCAGGAGCACUCUCAAGAGUCUGACCAUCUCCAUGAUGCUGAUGCUUUUCCAGCAGGCUACGGGCAUCAAUGCAAUUCUUUUCUAUGCCACUGGCAUAUUCACAGCUGCCGGCACUGGAUUCACGCCAUCAACCUCUACAAUCAUCUUGGGCGUGGUUCAAGUUAUUGCCACAAUAAUCUCCAUCGCGCUGAUCGACAGAAUUGGCCGCAAGAUUCUGCUGCUCGUCUCCGCGGCGCUUAUGUUCGUUGCUACUUUGUUGAUGGCAAUUUACUUCCAGUGGCUGACACUGAAAGAUGUCGGCUGGCUGCCCGUGCUUGCUAUUUGCGUCUUCAUUAUUGGAUUCUCCUAUGGAUUUGGACCCGUUCCCUGGCUGCUGAUGGCUGAACUGUUCGCCGAGGAUGCCAAGCCCGUUGCCGGAGCGAUUGCUGGCACUACAAACUGGGUUUUCGCCUUCUGUGUGACUCUGGCCUUUCCUCUGAUCAAGGACGAAUGGGGUCCUGCUGCGUGCUUUUGGAUAUUUGCAGCCGUCUCCUUUGCCGCCAUCGUCUUCGUUCUGUUCCUGGUGCCCGAGACUAAGGGCAAGACUCUGAACGAGAUUCAAGGAUUGAUCGAAGGCGGCAAAAAGGAUUAGAGAUAGUCCCUUCACAUUUUCGUUGUGAUUUGCACUUGUAGCAAAUUAUGUUAAUACACAAAACAAG